CGCACCCUCAUCAUUGAUGCAGAGGAGGUGAGAGAGGAACAUCACUGCACUUGCUGCUGCUGCUGUGCAACUACUUUAACCUGCUGUUCUUCCGCUAUAACAUCACAAAGGCAAACUUCUUUCUUUCUACGCCUUUUAAGACGUUUGGGUAGCCUAAUAUUGCUGUGCUGUGGAAAUGCUGAAGUCCAGAUGAGUCGCGUCUCUGUGGUUUAGUUGAGUGUGUGGGCAGAGGAGAUUGUCUUCCGAUCUGGAUUAAACUGAGCGGAACUGAAUCCAUUAAACACAGAGAGGAUGACCAUAUCGAAAUGGGAGGAUAAAGUCACAACGCCUCUUUGACUUGUUUUAAUUAGUUUCUAAAAUCUGCGAGAGAAAAAAAUCUGGACAUAUUUUUUCUACGUUGAGUCACAUUAACCGUAUGAAUACAAUCAAACGCGUCAUUUGAAGUUGAAAAAUCGUAAACAAUGGGAAAUUAGCGUCGUCUGAGAACUUUGAUAAUAUUUCAUAUCCGCCAAAAGGUUUUUUUCUUUCAGAAACAUUAACUUUGGAUUUCCACAAUGGCAAUAAACACAGAUACGGAGUUUGCGAAAUCGAAUCUGGGGGAGAGCGGCGGAACGCGACCAGCCGAGACCGAGAAACUCCUCGUGACCACCGAGCCCACCGGGGUGAAGACCUCCAGCUCUUUCACGGUCAGUGUCGGGGGUGACAAGGCUUCCGACGGGGAUCAGAACGGCCACAGACUGUCGCUGAGAUCCGGAUCAGUGGUGCAGCUCGGGGCGGCUCCUCUCUCCCCGUCCAGAGGGAGCAUGAGCCGCGCUUCAUCGACCGGUAAUUCCGUCCAAGAGCAGCAGAAACCCAAAGACUACCUCAUACUGGUCAUUUUGUCCUGCUUUUGUCCCGUGUGGCCACUAAGCAUCGUUGCAUUGGUCUAUUCAAUUAUGUCCAGAAACAGUCUACAGCAGGGGGAUAUGGAUGGGGCAAGACGACUGGGACGCUUGGCUCGCAUGCUUAGCAUCGUGGCCAUCAUCGUGGGCCUCCUUAGCAUCAUAAUCUAUGUGGUGGUUGCAGUAAUUGGAUAGAGGGCAUAGUAAGGACGAGAAACCCAUCUACAGCACUACUGCAAA